GUGAGAGCGAUCAAAACAUUUAUCUCUGUUCUUUCACUUCCCCAACGGUCAUAUUUCAUUUUACAGAAGAAAAAAAAAAAUGAGGAAGAAAAAAAGUGCAAGAUCUAACCCAAACAAUUUCAACUCUGCAUCAUCUUCUUUACCAGAAGAAGAUGAAGAAUCUCUUCAAAUUCAACUUCAACAAAACAACAAUAACGAAAACGAAAUUUCCGAAGGAGAAGGAUUCUUUGCUUGCUACCUUUUAGCCUCUCUCAACCCUCGUUUCAAAGGCCACACUUACAUAGGAUUUACGGUGAAUCCGCGGCGGCGGAUUAGGCAACACAAUGGAGAAAUUGGGAGUGGAGCUUGGAGAACGAAGAAGAAGAGGCCAUGGGAGAUGGUUUUGUGUAUAUAUGGAUUCCCAACAAAUGUGGCUGCUCUUCAGUUUGAAUGGGCUUGGCAACACCCUGUUGAAUCAUUGGCUGUAAGAAAAGCAGCUGUUGAGUUCAAAUCCCUCUCAGGAAUUGCCAAUAAGAUCAAACUUGCAUACACAAUGCUUACCCUUCCAUCCUGGCAAAACAUGAAUAUGACAGUGAACUUCUUCUCGACAAAAUACAUGAAACAUUGUGCCGGUUGCCCAAACUUGCCGGAGCACAUGACAGUUGAGAUUGGUUUGAUGGAUGAACUUCCAUGUUAUACCGAAAGAAUUGAUGGUUUGGUAGAGAACGAAGAUGAUAUUACCGAUGAAGUGGAGUUUGAUGAUAACAAUGCUAGCACUAGCGGUUCUGUUCCAGAUGCAAGUGAUGAUUCUGUAACUGAUGAUUCACAAAAAAGUCCAAAUCAUAGUGAUAAGAUUACUGAGCCAUUAGGGCAAAACAAAGAAUCUGAAGUGAGAGAACCACAAAAUCACUCAUUCACUCGACAAGAGCAGAGCGAACUAUUUGGUUCAAUCUCAUCGCCUAAGGGGAACAAGGAAUCAGAAGUGAGAGAACCACCAAGUCAUUUAUUCACUCUACAAGAGCAGAGCCAACCAUUUGGUUUAAUCUUAUCGCCCGAAGGGAAAUCAUCACUGGCAACUUCAUCAAAAAGAGGAGUGAUCGAAGACACGGAUUUCUUAAGUUCGGCGAUAAAGAGUAGUGUGGGAUCAUAUAAUUCUGAACAAACAGGUGUCAUUGGUGUCAGAGGUGCAUCCUUUGCGCCUCAUCAAGCUGAGAUAAUUGAUUUGUCUACUCCUUCACCUAGCUGUAGAAGCGUUAUAGAUAGGAAGAAGAGAAAAGUUUCCUCCUCAGUUAGUUCCGAGUUUAUCGACUUAACCAAGUCCCCAAACUUCAUCCAACUGUAAUGAUUUCUCACACACUAAUGUGGUCAGAGGGUCGAUCCAGAUGGAACUACAUCUGUUGGAAGAUGCGAGUUCUUUAAAUAGAUCUCAGUACCUUGAGAUCUAGCUCGCCGGGAGAUAUCCUAGUCCACCAAAAAAUAAUCUGGUGUGUGAUACACUAUUGUCAUUCUCUGAUGGCAUAUAGAAUAUAUCAUUGUUAUUGAAUGUUGCAAGAGCGGUGAAUAAAACAUGAACAAAUAAGUCAGUUGUUGUUUCCUUCCUCAAGAUUGAUUAUCUUUUUUUAAUUUACAUAUGCAAUCUAAAGAAGAUUUUUUGUAUAAGUUUGGUAUAUCUUAUAAAUUUGUUAGACACUCAUAUAUUUUAA